UUCAUUCAUUGAUGCUGGAACGAUCACCAGCUUGUUUGACUUUUUACUCCUCGAGAUUAGGUCGACGGCUCUCCGCGCAACAAUUUUAAUUCGUAAUCGUAAUCAGUGCCAGCUUUGAAUAACAGUUCUCUGUUCGGUAAAGCUUGCUCGGAUUACAGAGGCAAACUAUUCGAAGCGAACUUUAGAAAUUGGGGAUGACAUCCGUUUUUGAUUGGAAACAAGACUAUUGCAAGUGUUCGUUGGUCUUCGAUAGUGUCGGGGCAAUGCUAGUGGGAUUUUAAUCGGUGAAGAAGCUUCCCCGGACACUGUUUGCGAGUUAUGUGCACGUAGUUUCUAAUCAGGACGUGGUAAACGACUUGUUCUCAGGAUGAAGAAUAUAUCUUCGCCGGCGCUGGUUCUUCUUCUGAGCUUCCUCGUGCAGUGCGUCGUCUGCUCGAUCAGAUGUCCAUUGGUGAGGCUGCCGAAUGGGAGAGUUCGAGCGAGAGCUAGGGGAAAAAUCAUCAGGUUUAAUUGUUACGAGGGUUUCACUCUGGUAGGGAACAGGUACUCCACUUGUAUUCGAGGCGAAUGGGAUACACCUACCCCCGUAUGCGUCAACAAUCAGUGCCCCGAGUUCCCGACGCCGAAACACGCGCUGGUGGCAACGAAAUACAACGGUGCGAUAUUGAUAUACUUCUGCGAGCCUGGCUACGCGUUGAUCGGUCCAGCCGAGAUUUAUUGCGACGGAAGGCAGUGGAAUGGCACAGCGCCCUAUUGUCGAGACACGAACGCGACGGCUCCGACGCAGUGCGAUUUCGAGAAACCAGACCUUUGCUGGUGGGAGCAGGAUCCCCAGCACGAUUUCGAUUGGCGACGCCAUAAUUUCGAGACGCCCAGCUCUCACAUUGGUACUGGUCCCACGCACGAUCACACUUUGGGCCAAGGGAACGAUGGCUACUACCUGUACAUAGAGGCUUCCGGCCGAUUGGUGAACGACACGGCUAGGAUCAUCUCCCCUAUCUACAACGCGACCUACACGGAAGCAGGCUGCUUCUCUUUCUGGUACCACAUGUACGGCGCCACAACCGGGGCCUUGAACGUGUACUUCAAGCAAGAGAAGGACAUCACGCCUCGACUGAUGUUCACCAGAGAGGGCAAUCAGGGGAACCAAUGGCUGCAAGGCACCUUCAAUCUUCCUAAAGCUGAGAAGGGCUUCCAGAUCAUAAUCGAAGGCGUGCGGGGGAGUAGCUACGUAAGCGAUAUCGCGAUCGACGACGUGGCCAUCCUGCAAGGCGACAAGUGUCAAAACACCAACAAGACCGAGCGCGAGGGUGUGACCGAGAGCGAUGACGAUCAAAUCGAGCUGGUGAACGCGCAGUUGACUUGUCGUGGACAAUGCAAGAAUACGUACUCGUACAAUUUAACAUCCCUGCCCGACGAAUGUCUCUGCACCCUCGACUGCGCCGAGCACUCAAACUGCUGCCCCGAUUACGCGGAGUACUGUGUACUCGCUUUCACCGACGACGGGGCCACGGAAGUCACGGAAGCUGUGACCUUGAGCCGCAAGACGACGCUUCCGGUCACCACGCCACCAGCAAAGAAGGACAACGCCAGCGACGCGGCGACAGUCCGGCCAGAAUUCGACGAGGGCAAGGGCAUCUCUAUGAUUCCGAAAGACGACAUCGACCCCGUCCCCUUAAAGCCAUCGACAAGCACCGUCGGCCCUGUCGCUAACGCGACCACGCCGAGAACGUCUAAAACUACUCGUCCUACUACGCCAAGAAUAUUUAGAACUACUCGGCCAACCACGUCAACCGUGGCAACUACGAGGGCAGUCCAAACAAAGGAGACGCCGUUCACGCAGACGACCACCAGCAGAUACGCGCAACCGGAAGAGGAACCUGAUCCAAGCGUGACUCGUCACGAUCUAGAAAAAGUGCAUCGUGGCUCAGCGAAAUUCAGUCUGCCGGGAAUUAUCGGCGUGGUGGUCGGGACCCUGACAGGGGCAUCGAUCACGCUAAUGGUCGCGAUCAUCAUUCUGAGAAGGAGGAAAACCUACAAGAGAAGCGCGAACGGAUCUGCGCUCUCGGAGGACAGCGACGUACGGUUUCUGACGUCAGACGAGAUCCUCGACUUCACUCUGGCCAGACCCAGCGACAACGACGAGACGAAGACGUAAGAAGAGCGCGCGCAAUCAUCGACCAGUUUGCAAAUGUCAACGGUGCAAUUUUCUAACACUGCAGCUACGUGCAGAAUCUAAUUGCUAUUUAAUUGUGUAAUUACUAUUAUUCGAAUCCAACAAGUGAAGUUCAAUUCACGUACACUACUGAUAAUUAUGAUAGUUACGAUAGCAGUAAUUUUAAGAUUAACGUAUUGUAUAUAGUAACAGUAAUUAUGUUUUUAUGCCCCCGAGGGGUUGUAUAAACGAGAAGUGCAUGAAAUAAAUAGCGACUUUAUUUAAUCCAACAGCGAAACCUAAGACGACGAAUGAAUUAGCUGACGAGGUCGCGAAUGGCAUAGAGUAGUGCAAAUUGUAGUAUUUAUUUUCAGUAAAUUGUAUGUAACCUG